AUGGGAUUCUUUGAAAUUGAUGAUCCUGUUGCUGACAUCAUUGCUCCGUAUAGCGAAUGGAGAGUCCCUCAUCAAGCCGGGCCAGAUGGUCUGGAAAUUCUGACAAUAAUGACGGCCGACCAUGGUCCUUCGGAAAAGCGAUUACCUGUGACUCUGUUGCUGGCUUUUCUGGGGGAGGCAUGCCGGGGACUUAUCCAGUCUCACCUGACACCAGUGGCAGCCUCCGCAACUUUGAUCCUGACGAUCCAGGAGAAGGAACAUGGCAUGACCGCAGUGCCAGAAAUAGUCUUCGGGGUACUGCGAAUCGGUGCUGGCAACAAUGAGGCGGACGCUGGGACAGCUUUCCAUACAGCGAGAACAGCCUUUGUUCAACAGCCCUUGCCGGUGUACCAUUAUGGUAUCACCAACAUUUAUUCCCCUUCUCCUACACGCCCAUACCACUAUUCAAAUACGUGGUCGAUGUCUGACUUCGGUCGGGCAUCUGAAGAGAUUCCUCGGCACACUGGGAACUUCUCGCAUUCGAGAAGCAAUGCCUUAUCUGGAGUCUUUACUCUUGAUAUUCCUCAGCAAGCCCUGACAAGAGUCAAUUCCACAAUUUCCCAUCAUAGGGUCGCUACACCUGAUAUCGGUAUCCAACUCGCUGCUUAUGCAAUUGCAGACAAGAAUCCAGGGAUUCUAGGUUACAUUUUCGGAGCAGUCAAAGGAUUCGUCUUUUCUUGCGUUGGCUCUAGACACAAAGAUCCUAGACCCGAAGAUACACAUGAUGACCAGACUCAUGGCAUACCCGUAGAUGAAUUUGUCAUUACUAUUAAUGAAGAGAGUGUCCGGGAGGGAACAAUAUCAUCCGAAACUGAACUUGACUAUGCAACUGAAAUGGAGCGGAUCAGGAAUGUUCAGAUGGGACUUGCUGAUGAAGAGGAGCGUCCACAAUCAAUUCUCCUUCCACCAUGCCCCAUAUAUGUUGCGGAGCAAUUCACACGUCCCAGAUCGAAAUCAUUUGCCCUUCCACCAUGCCUCCUAUAUGCUGCAGAGGAUCUCGCACGUCCUAGAUCGAGGCCACUCAGUUAUCCAGGUGCCCCAGAAGGCGGAGGUGUGGACGUUGCAAGACAAGACGUUGCGACAGAGAUGCCCGGAGACCCUACGGAUACUAUCAAUGAUUUCCACGCUGGCGAGGAUUAUGCUUCCAGUGGCAUCGAUGAUUACCAUAAAGUGCUCAGGAAUGGCAUUGGGACUGAGGUGGGAGAUUACCACGAAACCCUCAGAGACAUUGAAGCAUCCCAAAUCAGGCCGGGCGAUUAUGAAGUAUAUACUCCGACCCCUAAGAAACUAAAGAAAAAAGGCAAGGAGCGCCUGAACGAUUUCUUUUCCCCAAUUGUGGAUGCAGCUUCAUCGGUCAAGACAUUUCUGUCUUCAACAAGAUCUGUCGGGCAUGAAGAGGACGACAGUGGCUUUACUUCCCCCGAGAAUGCAUCCCCUUCGACACCUACACUCAUCAGAGCAGCUAUCGGUACCAGCAUUACCAAUGCGCGCAGACUCGCCGGUCUUCCCCGAAAUGGGGACGAUAUCACUGCGGAUGUAGAUACUCCCGAGCAGAUUGACAAUCCUAAGCUCUUAGAACUCUUUGGGGGAAAGCCCCCCGAAGAGUAUCUCCGCCCUCGAACCCCAGAUGCCAAGUCCAGAUACGAUUACUCGACGAAAGAGAUUCGUUAUCGGAGGAGAAAACUCGACUUGAAGGAAGAAACCGAGGAGAGCCUUUAUCUCUUCAACCAUAACAUGUGGGGAGACGACGAGACCUUGGAAUACGAGGACAAAACCACAGGAGAAAUCGUUGAAGAGGACAGUCCCCACGAUGAUUCCGAAGAGGAACAGCCUGAAGAAGAAGAAAUCCCGGAAGAGGAGGUUUAUGAAGAGCAGUCUAUUCGUGACAGUUCUGAAAUAGAGGAUUCUGACAGCGUCAUCGUAGAAGAUAGUAUGGCCAAAGAAGAUUCUGACAGCGUCGUCGAAGGAGGUAAUGUGCGCAAAGCGGAUGUAGACGAAUACGUCAAAAUGCAUCACUUUGAGCAAGCUUUCACUACGAUGUUUGAAGACAAAAUGGUUUUCGACGCAGCUCAUCCCGACAGUGACACUCCAGACGGCUCCGAGAGUGAUCCAUCUGACGGCAGCAACGAUUUCGAUGGCUGUAAGGUAUUAGGAUCACCUACAUCUGGUACCGAGGGCAACUUCGAUCUUUCUCCGGUCAAAACCUCAGUGGUCGAACAUCGGAUCAGUACCAUUAGUACUAUUAGCACCACUAGUGUUGUCUCGAAGACAGAGGCCGUCAAAGUUCUGCGCCAAGAAUUGCAUAACCUUGGUAUCGGAAGCUCAGGAGAUCCCCUUAUAGACAAGUUGACAUGGACUUCUCGUCACACAAGCAUUGUGAGCGUCGUCGAAAGGCCAGAUUCGUUCCAGAACCUCGUCAACCUCUUUGGAGAUGAGGAAGAGUCUGAAGACGACUCAAAGAAAAUCAAACUCACUUUUGGUGGAAAAAAUUCUUUGUUUCGUAGGGAUCAAAUAGCAAAUGCAACAAAUGGCCAUGUACCGUCUGAAAUGGAACAUAUUUCUCGCUAUUUCCGGACCGCCGAGGUUAAGCAGGGCAUCGUCAACGAGGCUAGCGCCACCUUUCGCAAAGAGCAUGCUGGGAGAAUGUCAUACACUCACCUGUACGAUCCAGAAGACCGAGUUGCUUCUGACGAAGAGGAGCAAGAACAUGAGAAGGAGUAUAAACGAUACUACGAGGAGCAACGGAAGCUCCAGUGCGGUUAG